AUUUCGCUAUUUUCAUAAUAAUUUUACAUAAAUUAUUUUCAGAUUAGGAUUUGUAAUUAUUCGCCAUGAUGAGGAACCGGAACAUGAGAUCUAAUCUAGAUCAACGAUACCCACGCCAAAAUUAUAACCGCAAAGACGAUUCCAACGAACAACACUUCAAAAACAACAACAACACACGCACCAGAAAUAACUUCCACAACAACAACAUUAACAGAGAUUUCCACAACAAUAACAGAGAUUACAAUAAUAAUAAUAAUAGAGAUUUCAACAAUAAUAAUCGGGAUUAUAAUAAUAAUAGAGAUUAUAAUAAUAACAGGGAUUUUAACAAUAAUAGGGAUUACAACAGGGAUUAUAAUAAUAAUAACAGGGAUUUCAACAAUAAUAGGGAUUACAACAGGGAUUAUAAUAAUAACAGAGAUAAUAGGGAAUAUAACAGGGAUUACAGUGGGAGAGAUUUUGGUACCAGGGAUUACCCUAACAGGGACUACAAUCCCAGGGAUACCAGGGAUUUCAGGAAUAUUAACACUAGGGAUAAUAGGGACUACAGAGAUACUAGGGAUAAUCCUAGGGAUAAUAGAGACUACAGAGAUACUAGGGACCUAAGAGAUAACCCUAGGGAUACCAGGGACAACAGAGAUAUAAGAUAUAAGAGAGAUAACUAUGGCAAUCCCCGUCCCUAUCAAACCCCCAGGGAUUCCACACAAUACAAUUACUCCAACCGCAUUAACACUAGGGAUAAUACCAGAGAGUAUAAUAGGGAUAUGAGGGAUAAUAGGGAUAAUAGAGAUAACAAUAGAGACUAUAGAGAUAACACUAGAGAGUAUAAUAGGGACAUGAGGGACCCUAAUGACCGUAGAUAUCGUGAGAGAGCGGGUCCGUAUGAUCGUAGGAAUCAGACAAUUCCGUACCCACCAAACUAUAAUCAGAGAAACGCACGAAACUCCGGACCAAUCCGCAAGUCAAACCACUACCAACCCAACCAAAAUCAACAACAUAACCAACAAAAUAAUUAUAACAAUAGUAACUACAAUACCUCAUACAACAGUAAUUAUAACAGUAGUUACAAUAGUAAUUAUGAUAAUUUGGAGGAAAGUUCUCUGAACUCUGCGCGUGGUUAUGGCACUGGAAAGCCUGUGCGUAGGACGAAGAUAUUUAUUGGAAAUUUAUCUGGUGACGUGACUCAGGAGGAGCUGACGUCAAAAUUCUCUUCGUUUGGUCCGAUUAACCGGAUUGACUUCAGGCGUAAAUUUGCGUUUAUUGACUAUGUCCGCAGUAAGGACGCGGAGUCCGCGAUUCGGGAAAUGCAUAACAAGUUCAUUUGGGGCUCUUAUCUCAAGGUCCAGCCUCACAUUGACCAGAACAAGAAACUGUCCUCUAGAGACCCUAAACCCUCAUUCCAAAUCACAGUGUCCAACCUCGACCAAAGCGUAAGCUGGCAGGAUUUAAAGGAUUUCGGACGUCAAGCUGGGGAUGUACAUUAUACCUCAAUUAUUAUCAAGGGUGAUCGGAGAUUUGGGUUAAUUGAGUAUACAAAUGAGGAAUCGGUGCAAAAUGCAAUGAAAGAAUUGAAUGGGAAGAAGAUUGUAGAUAACACACUCGAACUGACACAUAUUCCAAUGAGCGAAUUUUUCAAGAAACUAGGACUCAACGAUUCCAUAGAACAACAAAUCAUCGAUCAAGAUAACACAUAUGAGGCAGAUGUAUUUGAGGCUGAGAAUAGUGAAUCGCCUGUGGAUGAGAUUAAGGAUGAUCUAUACCAACAACCCAAUCUUGAAUCUAUCGAUUACAACUAA